AUGGGGAAAAUGAACUUCGCUGUUAGAGUUAACAGAUUGUGGAGUUCGAGUGUGUCGAGAAAUUCUCGUUUCGAAUCAAGACGAUGGCUGAAAAUUGCGGAAACUAUGGCAAACAAGCCUUUGAUAAACCUAAGGUUGAACUACACGUGCAUCUUGACGGCGCUAUCCGCAUAGAGACCAUUAUUGAUGUGGCAAGGAGGCGAGGAAUCAGUCUACCUAAAAGCACUGAGGCUGAAAUGAGAGACCUGUGCACAUUGAAAGAGCCGUCCACGUUCACAGUAUUCCUUGGCAAGUUCAGUCACUUCAUGCAUGCCAUUGCGGGUGACAGAGAGGCCAUCAAGAGGAUAGCUUAUGAGUUUGUAGAGACAAAGGCCAAAGAGGGAGUGAUCUAUGUUGAAGCGCGAUACAGCCCUCAGUUCCUGGCCAACAAAGGAGUGGAUCCUCUACCGUGGGGACAAAAAGAAGGGGAUGUCACUCCAGAGGAUGUGGUUCGCCUGGUGAAUCAGGGCUUUAGCGAGGGGGAGAAAGUCUUCAAAAUCAAAGCCAGGUCCAUUCUGUGCUGCUUGCGUCACAUGCCAAAUUGGUCUAUGGAAGUGGUUGAGCUAUGUAAGAAGUAUAGUAAUGAGGGAGUCGUGGCUGUAGAUCUAGCUGGAGAUGAAUCAAUGAACUGUGAGGCAUGUCCAGGACACAUAAAAGCAUUUGAGAAAGCAGUCACAUAUGCAGUCCACAGAACAGUGCAUGCAGGGGAAGUGGGCACUCCCUCCACUGUGAGAGAGGCUGUAGAAGUUCUGAAAGCAGAACGUAUUGGACAUGGCUACCACACGUUGGAUGAUGAAGCAUUGUACAAACAACUGCUUAAAGAAGACAUGCAUUUUGAGAUGUGUCCUGUUUCUAGUAGAUUGACAGGAGCUUGUAACCCAGACUUCAAGAAACAUCCUCUCAUCAGAUUCAGGGAGGACAAAGCCAACUACUCCUUAAACACAGAUGACCCCAUGAUCUUCAACUCCACCUUGAACUCAGAUUAUCAGGUGGUGCUGGAAGACAUGGGUUUCACUGAAGAGGAAUUUAUGAGACUGAACAUAAAUGCAGCUAAGUCCUGCUUCCUUCCUGCAAAGGAGAAAGAGGAGCUUGUUAAUCAACUUUAUGAGGCCUAUGGCAUGCUGAAUAGCUCCGGCUUUUGAGCACAACACUGUUGUAAACAACUAUGCAGCAUGCAGAGCCUUUCAGAAUGAUUGCCUUAACACAAGUGAAUGUUUGCCCUAAUUCCAUGAAACUUACCUCUCAGAAAGCUGGAGAAAUCAUAACCACAUUUUCCAGUAAAAUAUUUGUGACCUCAUUGAAGAUCUAAUAAGUCAACUUUGAUAUUUAGAUGUAAACAUGCAAUUUAUCAACUUAAAGUAAACGUUACAUUUACCACAUUUAUAUUCCACUAGCCACUGUUUGACAAAAGGGAUGUCAGUCUGGUAUAUUAUCCAGACAAAUUUAAAAUAUUCAUAAAGUAAACCGUCCCAAAGGAAUCUAAUAAAUGUCCUUAUGAAUUAAUAUGAUCCCUAUUAUAUCCUGUUUCUUUGCUUUUUCUUUUUUUUCUUUUGCUUUUAGCGAUUCAAAUGACCCUUCACAAACCAGAGCAGGUAAAACAACAUAUAUUCACAUAUUCAUGAAGUACAAUACACGUUCAUAAUACUCAUACAGAUUCCACAAGUACAAUAAAUCCAAACAUAUCAAAUAGUCAACAAUUCCAAACAUAUCGAAUAAAAACAAAAAAUACAAAUCAUAAAAAUUCAUAACUCCUCAGUCCAUUCAAAAUACUUUUAGGAAUGCCUUUUGAUCUUGUGUAUUGUUCAUAGCUUGAAUUGUAUCCUGUUCAAAAUAAAAAACCCUAAAUAAAAACAAAUAAAAUACAAUUAGCACAAAGUAACUAACGAAUUUACAAUAUCCCAUAUGAAUGAACAACAGCAAAAAAGAGAGUUGCACUAACACUUUCCCUAGCAUGACUGAUUUAUCGUCAGUCUCUGUUUAAAUCAGGUUAGGUGCACAAUUUCUCUCCAAA